AUGUGGUGUCCCGCAAUAGGGGAGGGAGGAGCAGCAAGAGGUGUGGUAGUCGGUGGUGGUCGUCGUGGUGGCGGUGGAAUGAAAGAACGAGAGGAAGAAGAAAAAGAAGAGGAAAAAGAAGAAGAAAAAGACGACGACGACAAAAGAAGACGGCCGAUAAGCAACUUUGUCGACAUAGCCGCGAGUCACGAGGACAAGGUCAUCAUGAUGUACUCAUCCAUAUGCGCAAUCUGCCGACCGAAGUGGGUGGCACACUAUUUGGAGAGCUUCAGAGCUGUCGCAUAG